AUGAAAUCGUUAUUAGUAUUCAUCCCAAAUAAUUUUUCAUAUGAAAAAAGUGGUUACAUUAAUGGAAAAGUACUCUAUGAUCAUGACAGCGACAGUAAAAAAUUUUAUGUAAUAAGUAUUUGCACGAAUGAUUCACAAGAAUCAAACUCUGAAUUAAUCGGAUAUUACUCUGCUGCAGAAAAUACUUCACGCCGACUGCGAAUAAACGACUGGAUAGAAAUUACUCUAAAACCGGGUAGUACGAAUGACACUUUGUACUACAGUGUUAAAAAUGUGAUAGUAGAUACUAAGACAGUUGACAAGUUCAGCUAUCAUACAGUAAUAAUAAAUUAUGAUCAAAAAGCUUUGAUAAAAUCUGAAUUGUUCAGGACACAGAAUUUACCUGGUAAUCAUUUUUUGGACUUGAAAGAUAUUUUGGAAAAAAAAAUAAGAGAGGAUAAAGUCAAGAAAAUAAAUUAUUUAGUGAACUGUAAGGAGACAUUACUCAUUUACUUAAGUUGGAUAUUUUUGUAUCCAGUACUGUUUUUGUCCAAAGUAACAAACAAAUUGUUGCCAAUUCUGAAAUACUCAACGCUUGGAUUACAUCUUAAUGGGUGGCUGGAGAAUACAAAAUGGAUUUUAAUGACAAUUAUUCAAGACAAAAAAUUUUCGUUAAAGACAUUAAAUCCUAUUGUCGCAAUAACAUUAGAUAUUUUAUUAGGGGUAUUUUUAAUUAGAUUUAUAUUACAAAAUAUCGAUGACAGACCUUCGCAUGUUUUACUCAAUAAUGCUGAGAAAGCCGUUGAUACUCUGAAAAACUUAGUUCACUGGUUAAUGGGAGCUCCAGCUGGUCUCAAACUAAAUUACUCAUUCAACAAAAUGCUCGGAAAAUUUUUCCUUUAUCACAUUCAGUUUUGGUGGACAUUUUUAGUUUCCAUAAAACCAGUAAUGGAUUUUUUCUUUGAAGUUCUUAUGUUAUUUGGAAGACUUGGUAUUACUUUUCAAAUAGCCAUCGCUGCUGAUAUUUUAGCUCUCGUUAGUUUUCAUGCUUACUGCAUCUACGUUUACGCUGCGAGACUCUUUAAUAUACAAAUUCGAGGCUUAACAGCAUUAUUUCGGCUUUUUCUUGGCAAGAAAAAAAAUCCACUGAGAGAGAGAGUCGAUUCAUGUCAGUACCAAGCUGAUCAACUUUUUGUUGGUACACUUCUCUUCACUAUUUUACUAUUUCUGAUGCCAACUACUUGGGUUUACUACACCGUAUUUACAACAUUACGGAUAAUCAUCAUUGGUUUCGGUGGAUUUCUGACAAAAUUAAAAUUUUAUUUUCAAGUACUUCCUAUUUAUACACUUCUAUGUUGGCUGUUUAAUUCGCGAUGCGUUCACAGUUCAGUAAAAAUAUCAUUAAAGUCAAUCCACGAAGAUAGAUCAUCAACACUGAUGAUGACAACUGUCCGUUCAUCUUGGUUAGAUACUUGGGUCCAUUGCAUUCCUGAUACAGUAAAUCACAAUCCACCAAUCGAAUGGAAAAUGAUUGUUAGAAAUGUUUUCUGGGGAGAAUUGCUUUACCCAUUGUAA